UCAAGGAGUAAGUUUUGAAGACAAAACAUUUCAAGUAGAAAUGAGAGCAUUUAUAUGUGAUGCACCAGCAAGGGCAUUUUUGAAACAAAUUAAAGGCCACACUGGGUAUUUUUCAUGCGAAAGGUGUGUGAUUAAAGGAUUUUGGAAGAAUAAUCGUGUAACAAUGUACUCUUGCGAAUUACAUGAAAAAAGAACUGACGAAUUAUUUUCAGCGCAAACUUAUGUUAACCAUCAGAUGGGUAUAACACCACUUGUUCAGCAUGGCAUUCCAUGCAUAUCAUCAUUUGUCUGAGAUUAUAUGCAUUGUGUUCGCCUUGGGGUUGUCAAAAGAAUCCUCUGGUUUUUUAAGCAAGGUCCAACUGUGUGCAAACUUUCACAUAUUCAACUUGAUGAACUUUCAAAAAAACUAGUUCCUUACUCCGGUAAUUUGCCUUCAGAAUUCGCUAGACAACCACGGUCAUUAGCAGAGCUUGAACGAUGGAAAGCAACAGAGUAUAGGCAAUUUUUAUUAUACACAGGACCUAUUGUGUUGCGAAAAGUUUUGUCUAAGGAACGAUAUAUCCACUUUUUAACUUUGUUUAUUGGAAUUUCGAUUUUAUUGGAAUCCGAUUCUCAUAAGAGAACUUCUUACAUUAACUAUGAAUCAAGUUUGUUGUCCUUUUUUGUGAAUAAAUCAAAAGUACUUUUUGGUGAACAGUUCAUUGUGUACAAUGUACAUAACUUACUCCAUCUCGCAGAUGAUGUAAAACAUUUUGAUUGUUCAAUGAAUGAAAAUUCUGCUUUCCCAUAUGAAAACCAUUUGCAAUCCAUCAAGAGGGUGGUAAGGAACGCAAAAAACCCUAUUGCACAGGUUACAAAAAGGCUAGCUGAAAAAGAACGGGCAGGUGUUUCCAUGGUAAAGAGUAAUACUGAAACCUUCAUAUACAGGUACAUUUCUACUAGACCUAAAAACAACUGUUUCCUGUUAAAAAAUGAAUCAUUUGCAUUUAUUAAGGAACAAAGGGAAAACAAUAGGCUUUUAUGUGACAUUUUGCAUCCAGACAGAGCACAGAAUUUGUUUACAGAGCCAUGCAAUUCCAAACUUGUUAAUAUUGUAUUUGUGCCAAACAAUUGUCAUAUGUCAAGGAAGCUGAUCGACAAGGAUGAAAUUUACAAAAAGUGUGUUUCACUCCCUGUUGAUAAUGGAAGGGUUGUCAUUCCAAUGUUGCAUGGGCUAGAGAGAAACGACAUAUAAUAAGGAUGUGGUGUCUGGCAGUUUGGAAGGAGGGUCAGAAAGAAGUGGAAGAUGUUCUUCCAUACAGCUGGGUGCAAAAUAGUGAGGUGAAAUGGCCACCAGGAGUAAAUGCCAACAAGCAUAUCGAAGCUAUGACAAAACCAGCAAAUAGCUGGAGACGUUUUGAGCUGGUGAAAGUGAAAUGUA